AAAAAUCACAAGAAGCAGCACCCUUCGCAUAACCCUGCUGUGUGUCUAUGGGUUGGAUAUGAUAACCAGUCUGCAGAAGACUCUGCAUCCUAUCCCCAGCCCAUCAUACAACACCACCAUGGCUCUAUACAAGGAUAGUAACUACACAACUCCACACACAGGGCCGGAAGUCACCCUGUUCACCGAGGAAUUCUUGUAUGUUGGAGUCUUCAUUUUGGGUGGAGACCCAUCAAAUGCCGUCCUGGUGAUGAAGAACUGCUACGCUACCCCAACAAAUGAUGCCGACUACCCUGUGAGAUACUACAUCAUUCAAAACAGCUGUCCUAACAUACAUGAUGGAACUAUGAGUGUUGAAGAGAACGGUGUCUCCAGACAAGGACGGUUUUCUGUUCAGAUGUUCAAGUUUGUUGGAAGCCAUGAUGAGGUGUAUCUACACUGUGCUGUCAGCCUGUGUGACAUCGCUAUUGGAUCCUGUAGACCUAUGUGGCUCCAUUUUUCCUUGUUUCCUUUUGAUUUCUCUGGCUGCGGACCAGGCAAACACCUGGAUCUUUCCAGCAGCUUAUCAGAUCGCUAG